ACUUCUAAGAUCGUAUCUGAUCUGCUCAGAAAAAAGAGAAAUUUUCAGAAGAGAAACAAAACCAACAACAAUGGCAGGAAUUUUGCACAAGAUUGAGGAGACCCUCCACGUAGGAGGCAACAAGAAGGAGGAGCAGAAGCCUGAACAACACCGUGUUGAGCACAAACCAGAGUGUCAUGGUGAGCAACACAAGGGAGAAUUCCAUGGAGGGGAGUAUCAUGGUGAGCAACGCAAGGGAGAACUCCAUGGAGGGGAGCAUAAGGAAGGGCUCGUGGACAAGAUGAAGCACAAGCUCCCUGGUGCCUCACCAGGCGCUGCUUGUCAUGACGGUGAGAAGAAGACUGGUCAUGACGGUGAGAAGAAGAAGAAGAAGGAGAAGAAGAAGCAUGAGGAUGGUCAUGAAAGCAGCAGCAGCAGCGACAGCGAUUAGAAAAACAAAACCUAAUUCCAGGUGGCAGUAAUGGAGUAUGAACUUUAAUAUGUCUCUUUCAGUUCUUCUUUUUCGCUUAUGAUCUCUAUUAUGGCUUGGAGUUUGGCUAAGUAGUGAAUGUAAAUCCCAAUAUAAGUUUCUUAUAAAAUAAGGGUGUUUUAUUGUUGUUUUUGAAA